CAUGCUCAAAUUCAGUUUUAUUAAACACUUUCUACCCUUUUUCAUUGUAAUUUUCUUCUUAAACUAUCAAAGCCUUUGCAGUAACACAGAUAUUAUAACUCAUGAUGCUAUUAGUAUAAAUGGUGGAUGGUCUCCUGUUGACCAAGGAACUGGUGGAGGGGCUAAUUGCCAUUUCCCUUUUGUUGAAGAUAAUAAAGUAUGGUUUGGUUGUGAUACAAAUGGUGAUGUACCAUGGUGUGCAGUCGUUCCUAACUUAAAUGAUGAUAAUUUGUGGGGAUAUUGCUCUUUCCCUGAAUGCAGAUUAAUGGAAGUGGGAGCGGGAUACAGAGGAGAUAUUGAUUAUACUAACAAUGGCGUUAAAUGCAGCCAAUGGUCAUCGUAUACUUCUGCUUUUACAUUUUUCGAAUCAUCAGCAACUGAAGCUGGGAGUAGGUGUCGUAAUCCAGAUUUAGAUAACACCCCUUGGUGUUGGACUCAAGGAUUCGGUUGGGGUUUUUGCGAUCAUAUACCAAUGUGCAAAGACUUGCGUUAUUCGUGCAAAGAUCCACUCGUUCAUAACUUGGCAAUGGCGUCAUUUUCGGCCAACUCCACAAAGACAGUGGGUACUACUGUCUAUAGUGCGCAUUCGGCUACGUUAUCUUCAUCAUUCGCAUGGUGUGCCGAGGUAAACGACCAAUAUCAAUAUCUCCAGAUCGAUAUGGGAAAAGAUGUUGCCGUGGUUGGAAUAGCAACUAGGGGCUUAGCGGGAUCGAGUAGUUAUGUGAAAACUUAUAGAUUAGAAGUUAGCUACGACGGAGUUGAGUGGUUUCCAGGGCAAGAUAGUAGCCUUGUCGGUAAUUCUGAUUCUGUUACAAUAGUUGGAGAAAGAGUUUUAGAAUUUGGAAGAUUCGUUAGAAUAAUACCUUUGACAUGGAAUGGCGAUAUCUGCAUGAGAGUAGAACUGGGAGGUUGCGAUUAUUACGACGCUUGUAGAUUAUCUCCAUGCGAAAAUAAUGGUACCUGUACCAGUGAUGGGCUAUCCUCGACAUACGAAUGUGCCUGCGAUCCAGAUUAUUCUGGAGUAAAUUGUCACAUACUUACAGAUUAUUGCGAUUUGGAUAAACCUUGUAAAAAUGGAGGGACUUGUGUUAAUACAGGAUUAAUGGGACAAAAUGUAAAAAAAUAUACUUGUACAUGCGAUUCAUUUGGCAUAUAUUCUGGGGAAUUUUGUGAGAAUGGAGAAUCUACUUCUUGUGGCAAGUUAAGAGAGUUGAAUUUUAACAUUUCAGGAGUUUAUGACUUGGAUUUAUAUAACACAACUCGAGGAUGUAGAAUGAAUCUAAUAGCUAGAAAUAUCUCCCAAAUGGAAAAUAUCACUACUGUCUUUACAGUAGGAGUAUCAACUGAAGAAGAUUGCGGUAAUAAAUGUCUACAAGAUCCCGAUUGUAAGGCUGUAUCUUGGAUGUUUGAACCAUUCAUUUGUUUUAUUCACCACGAACUUGUUCAGAUAAUUGACAAAGAUGAAGGAUUUAGCCAAAAGAUUAAUUACUAUCUUAAAGAAUGUUCUACACCUGUGGGAGUUUUUUGUGAUUUCUCACAUCCUAAUAAGACUGUAUCUAUAAUAGAACCUCAUUUUGCUAAGGAUUUUUCGGAAUUUAGAUCCAUUGAGACAAAAUUUGCCUACCGUCAAGUCUAUCAUUAUUAUCCUGUUACUAAAUUACAAAUAGAUGAAUUGAAAGCUCAUUCCUACAAAUGUUCUCAAAAAUUUACAUUCAAAUGUAAAGGAGUUACUCCAACUUAUUGGAAAAUGACUUUCCAAGAUUUUGAGACUGUUCUGUUCACGGAUCCCACUUUUAAUCCGUAUUGUGCAAAUUGUAUCUUUAGUGAAUCUUGUUAUUCACCCCAAACUGGAGGAUGUUCAUGUCGAAAUUUAAAUUUUUGGUCGGAAGAUUUAGGAGUGUUUACUGAUAACGAAAAAAUACCAAUUAGAAUGGUUCACGGUGGAGAUACAGGAAGUAGUUUUGAAAGAGUUGAAUUUUCAGUAGGACCUCUGUUAUGUGAAGAACUUAAUAAAGGCGUCGUUGAUUUAAAUCAAUGUGACUCGAAUCCAUGUUGGAAUGGAACGUGUAUUGAUCAAGAUAUGUCGUAUUACUGUAAUUGUACGGCUGGUUACAAGGGGAAAAUAUGCGAAUUUGACAUAAACGAAUGUCUAUCUUCUCCUUGUUCAUCAGGAGCAAGUGAAUGUUUGAACUUGGAGGGUAAAUAUGAAUGCGUUUGUAAGCCUGGUUUUAUUGGAGAAGCUUGCGAAAUAGAUAUUGACGAGUGCGUAUCCUCUCCGUGCAAGAAUGGAGGAUCAUGUUUGAACCGUGAUAAUUAUUAUGAAUGUAAAUGUCGGAAAGGUUCAAUAGGAACAAAUUGCCAUAUAGCACAGGACGAAUGCCAGUCGAAUCCUUGUAUAAAUGCUAUCAAUUGUACUGAUUUACACGCUGAUUACAAAUGCUAUUGCGAAAGUGGAUGGACUGGAAAGAAUUGUGAUGAAGAUUUUUCGGAGUGUGGAAGUAAUCCUUGCGUAAAUGGAGGAACUUGCCAGGAGAAUACUUUCGACGAUUAUUCCUGUAUUUGUGACGAUGGUCUACAUGGAAAGAGAUGUGAAAUAAAUAUAAACGAUUGCGUUGUAAAUAAUUGUAAAAACGGCGGAUCUUGUAAGGAUGGCGUGAAUAGUUGGACUUGCGAAUGUGCCUCUGGCUAUGGAGGAGAAAUUUGCGAAAGAGAAAUUGAAGAGUGCGCUUCUUUACCGUGUAAAAAUGGAGCAUCAUGCCUGGAAUCUACAGUUGGAUCUUAUACUUGUCUUUGCUCAGCGGGUUUUACAGGAGCAGUCUGUGAAACAGAAAUUGACGAAUGUUUAUCUGAACCGUGCAAGAACGAAGCAGCUUGUAUUAAUGAAAUCGGAUUUUACACCUGUAAAUGUGUUCCACCAUUUGUUGGCAAAAAUUGCCAAUUUGUUGUUACUGAUGGUCAAUGGGGUGGUUGGGGAGCUUGGGCUGACUGUUCUGUUGACUGUGGUCUAGGAGUUCAAACAAGGAGGAGGGAAUGCAACAAUCCUAGACCGGUUCAUGGAGGUAAAAAGUGUGCAGGUUCUGCAAGUGAAGUUAUCAAAUGUGAAAAAGGAGCCUGCUCUACAAGAGAUGGCAAAUGGGGUCUUUGGAAAGAAUGGUCACGCUGUAGUGUGUCGUGCAGUACGGGGCAGAGAAAGAGAAUAAGAAAAUGCGAUAAUCCUACGCCAAUUAAUGGUGCUGAUUGUGAGGGAGCAGGCGAAAUUUUUGAAAUUUGUAAAGAGGUAGAGUGUGGACAACCAUUUGAUGGUGGUUGGUCUCUUUGGGGAAGUUGGUCUAAUUGCCACAAAACCUGUGGGCCAGGUGUUAGGUAUAAAAGAAGAUAUUGCGAUACCCCAAAGCCUCAGUGGGGAGGUAAGGAUUGCGAAGGAUCUUCAAGCGAAUACGAAACUUGUCAGAUGAAACCCUGUCAAAGUACUAUGACAUGCAAGGACUUUGAGAAAUGGAGUAAAUGUAGCGAAAGUUGUGGUAUGGGAAUUCAUUCAAGAAAACGAGUUUGUACUAUGCAAACUGAAGAUAAUUUGCCAGAGAGCGGAGUAACAGUUCAACCGAGUGUAGUUACAAAUGAGAUUCUUCAAUACGAGCAUAAAUUCUGUUCAGACAAUAAAUGUCCAAAAUUAAGUUGUACAGUUUGCGUUAAGAAGUUUACUUCAGAUAUGGAUAUUUUACAAAAUAGACUAAGUUGUCGAGGUCCGUCUCUUCAAUGUGAAUUGGGUAGUCCUGGCUGUCUUUACAGGUUCAAUAAAUCACCAUUGGAAAGCGUAGUCGAGAAGAGAUGCGCCAAAGCCGGUGAAUGUACACAACGUCAGACUGAAUUGUGUAAGAACAUGUAUAAAUUUCUUAUCGAUAUUGUAAAUAACGAUAAACCUACUGUUGCCCAAGAAGAUAUGGAACCGCAUUCGGAUUCAAUUCUACAACUAUGGCAAAGAUUCGAAGAGGCUAAUUGUCUAAUCUGUUGUACAGCCUCCUUUUGUAACAGUCCAACAUUACCUCCGGGAAAUAUGCUCUAUUCAACAGCCAGUAUACUGGCAAAUCAUCUUAACUUAAACUAUUUACUAGUAUACGCUCUUUCAGUAUUUUGGUUUAUUUUGAAAAAUUAG